AUCAACGAUCUCAUUCUAACGUGACCGUUUGUGUGAAAUGCACGUCUUGAAUUAGGGGACACCAUAUGCAUAAUGGCGAUGAUAGUUUUUAUUUUUACUUUCGGUUUGCUGUUACAAGGGUCCGAGGCAGAGUAUGACCCAUGUGUCACAGCCACAGACCUUCACAGGGCCGGAGACAGGGGUACUGGAUGUGCAGAUCUUUAUGAUCAAGUAUGUGACAGGUACGCCAUUAACGAGACGGUUUGGUACAAGGUAGAAAAUAAACAUGGCGACAAUCUUUAUAAGGACAUGGUGACGUCUGCUCCUGAACUCAACCACUGCGGUACCUCAUUUCCUAUCUGGCUGAAUGGAAUCCUGCCACACGGAAAUCAUACACAAAAGAACUUGACUGUGUGCAUGCAGGGUCUCGAGAACGCUUGUGAAACCUCAUUCAAUAUCACGGUGAUGAACUGCCAUCAAUACCACGUGUACAAACUCAAGCCUACCGAUACAUGUAACGCGGCAUACUGCUUCGGACAUGAACGCUGCCAAAGUACACCCGGCCAUACUACUAGUAAACCCACAGUGGAUCCUGCAGCGUUAGAACCGUGCGAUACCUCCCACAAUCUCCACCAGGCGGGAGAGAGGGGAACAGAGUGCUCCAUUGGUUCUAGCGAUACAAUUUGUGACCGGUAUGCUGUGGAAGAUGUUUGGUACAGAGUAACUAACGGUGGUGGCGAGGACCUGGAACUCGUGACAAAACCUCAACAUAUUAACAUGUGUGGCACCUCAUUUCCGAUAUGGAUGAACGGUACUCAUCCUACUGGUGGCUCAGUGGUUAACAGGACGGCGUGCCAGCAUGGUAUCGAAGGGUCCUGUAUACAUCAAUACAACAUAUCUGUUAAACACUGUGAUUCUUACUUUGUCUACAAACUGCAAAAAACCUUAAUUUGUGACGCAGCGUAUUGUUUUGGACAGGAUAAACAAUGUGAGAAUCCUGAUUACAACAGUAAUGCUGCGCAUGCGUCACCAUUGACGAGCCUGCUCGCCGUUCACGUCGCCAUUCUAUGGAUGAUUGGACGUCAAAGCUUCUUUCUGUGAUCUGAACAAGAAUUUUCAUAUCAAUAUAUUGUAGCAUUUUUUGGAGAUAUGUAUUUUUAAUUUCAAGACUGACUAAAUAGGUGAUUGGUAGGGGAGUUUGAUGACAGAAUGUACGGGUAUUGUUUUAAUUAUCGUGUGUAAAUGUUAUUUCUAAAUCAAUUUCAAUAUUCAUGGUGUCAUUCAUAUAAUGCUUUGAAAAUGCAUUGAUGAGGUGUCUUAUAGCGCUUAUAAGUUAAUUACUUUCCUUUCGACGGACAAUUCAAAAGCACGUGGGAUAUCUGUGUGAUAGAGAGAGUAUUAUCCACCAUUUUGCGUCCUUUUAUGUCGUAUUUUCUCUUCUAGCUAAAACUAGUUACGGUUUAGAAACCACCUUUGUAGGAUUUUUUUAUUUGCUUUGACCAGAGACUUGUAUAUCAGGUAUAUACGUCUCUGCUUUGACGACAAAAAUCCAAAACGAAGAUUUUUGUUGAAAUUCCUACAUCAACGAUAAAAACUAUUGAAUGUAAAUGUUUCGUGUGAGUAAACAUUGUCGCAGAUAAAAAGAUAGUUUAUCCAUACAAAGAAUUUCUUUCCUAUGUUAGGGUCCCAACGUAGUAACCUAGGACCCUAAUGUCUGUGUGGCUUAGAUUACACGUGAAUAAGAAACGAAAGCAAUAUUGGCGAUUUGUGUCGUGAAUGGCAUUGGUGGCUAAAAAUAGAACAUGGUGAAUCCGUCCAGUAGGUCUACAUAGUCUAUAUUAUAUACAAUUGUAUCUUAUUGUACUGUAUGUGAUAUUCUUGAUAUUACUGUAAUAAAACUUUCAUCACAAACUUUUAGAAAAUUCA